AUGAAUAGCGUCGAGUCCAGACCAAGCCCACCAUCAUAUGAAGCGUUUUGGAAGCAAAAGUAUCAAACGGAGAAACAGAAAAGUGGAUGGCUUCGUUAUGCUUUAAUGUGGUUGUUUGUAAUCGUAUCAGUGGCUAUUGUUCUCACCAUUGUUGGACUCUGUCUACACUUUUUUGUCUUUAAAGACAAAGAUAAAUCUCCCAAUCCAUCGGUUGUGGGGACAACGACAAGGACAAAUCGAAUCACUGAGACAACCAGAUCCCCUCCUGCUUCCAGUCUUCCACCAGCAACUAUCUUGAAUCAAACAAUCGCUAUUCGCGAUUCCACCUUGUCUAGUGAUCAAGUCAAUAUCGUCAGUUAUCCAUCUUCUACCGGAGAACCUGCAUUUCUUUUCUUUGACUUCAAAACUUCAACGAUUGCUUUUCUUGCAUCAAACGGGAGUUUGAUCUCUAAAAAAACCUAUUCUAUAACUGCCACUCAGGAUUAUGCUUGUUCAUCCUGUCAAAUUCACUACAUCGAAGAAAAUUGCCAAAGAAACGAAUGUGAUGAUAUGGACACGAUUUAUUGUUGUGAGAGUUGCGCGAAACUCAGCAAUUCCGAUUUCUGCAAUGUUUUUGGCGAUUCAACAACAAUAUCCGGUAUUUCUCCAUUCACGGCAGGUGUUUAUCUACCGAUCUCCUCACAAACCCAUCAACCAUAUUUCAUUUUCAACACAAAAGCGAAGAUCUCGAAUAACACGGAGCUAAUUGCCUAUAAAUAUGUCGCAAAAGACGAUAAACCACUUUCUCUCAAAUUAAACACAACUGGACUCAAUUUUGGCGAAAAUUUCGAUAGUCUUCAGAGUCUUUAUAGAGAUUUCGAGGGCCAAAAUGGAGACGAACUUCUAUUCUGGCAAGUCUAUAUCAGCUCCAGAACAGUAUCAAGUACCACAAUUAAGGUGACAACAUCAAAUCAGGAUGAUUUCCCCUCGUUUCAAUGUGAAAUCCCUACCAUGCAAGGGGAUUCAAUCCGUUUGCAACUUUCUUCAGACAAUCGAUCGCGUUUGCAAAUUACCGUAAUCAAAAAGGGAGAAAUGGGAACUGAAAUUUGGGCAUGUCUAGUCAUUUUUGGCUCCCAAACCUCAAUUUCUUCACAACUUGUCUAUUCUUCAAGCAAUUCCAAUGAAGUCACAAUUCGCUCCAUUUCCACAAAUGAAGACGCAAAAAUUCUAGUCUUUGGAUCGGAUUUCAAUCUAAUCGUUUUUAAAAUCUAUUGGAAUACC